UCACGUGACCUCUCUGGAUCUAUUUCGGCUUAGCAAGGGCACUAGUUGGUUCAUUGUUGUUUUACAUAGCUAAGAUGAGACUUAAGCGGUGCAAAUACUGUGUAUAUGAGUAGGAGAGAUGAGUAUAGAUUGAUAAACAUCGCUUGUAUUAUGUGCCGAUCUUUUUGAUCGCAGCAAACAAGGAUUGAAAUAGCAUAUUCGAUUCUUUUCAAAAUGGCGUCGAGAAAUGUCAAAAAUCCCAGCUCGGCAUCAGGGCAUGGGACUUCCUACGAGUCGGUCGGGAAAUUGCCAUCAAAUACGCUAAAGAGGCAUCCCAAAAUGGACUUAAAUAAAAACGACAUGCUGCGCCUUCUUAGUUACUUGGAGGGGGAGUUACAAGCCAGGGAUGUUGUCAUAGCAACCAUGAAGGCCGAAAAGGCUCGUCAGGUACUGUACCAAGCCAAAUACGGUAGGGUCGGUCUGGCUGAUCCAUUCUAUGCGCUACAGCGGGAUUCAGACGACAUGAAAGAUAACGCCUUCGACGAGCAAGCAGUGAAAGCCCUUUACGAUAACCAGCUAGCACAGCUGGAGAAUCUCAUAUCUACGCAGCGGAACGCACAGAUCAAAAUGCGAGAACAGCUGGUGUUUGUGGAGAAGAAAUAUCAUAAGGUUUUGUCAGAACUGGAAGAUGAGAAGAGGAAACAUGCACAAGACACAGCACAGGGAGAUGAUGUCACAUACAUGUUGGAAAAAGAGAGAGAAAGGUUACGUAAUGAGAUUGAGUUUGAAAAAAACCAAAGCAAGAAAGCCAAGAAGGAAUUGGACAAGGUGAACGCCGCACUGGAACAGGAAGUAGCCAUGUCACAAAAGCAUAAACAAGUAGCUUUAAUGCUGAUAAAGGAGAGGAAAGAUUUGGUGGAAAAAUUCCUCUUAGAAAAACAGAAAUUCAACUUUGUGCAAAAGAGCUUCCAAGAUGGCCGAAACAAAGUAAAAAUAAUGGCAGAAGGUCUGGAACAGGAAAGUAAAAAGUCUUUGAAAAUGGAAGCUGAAUUGGAAAAGAAACUCCACGAGUUUGACAUGGAGCGCGAGCAGCUCAAAGCCAAACUAACUCGUGAGGAGAACAAGAACAAAGACCUUCAUGCAGAAAUUGAACGCCUACGGCAACAAGUAGAAAGUAUAAAACUGAAUGUUGGAGACCAACCCCUCUCUCCCAGAGAGUCAACCUCUCCACAGACAAUAGAAAUCAAAAGUAGUGUAGCCCAAAAGCCUCUCCCAGCAGAAAAGUCUCCUCAUUUAGUGGCUACAACCCCAGUUAAGGUGCAAAAGGUGGUCGGGAAAGUGCCCUCGGCUAGCGACAACUCUAUAGCAUCUUCAGGAAAGAAUCAUCUCACGGGUGGACAGCAGCUGCCCCCAAAAGCUACGAGUAACGCUGAUCCAGUGGUUAAGAAAACCAUCAUGCAGCUCGCAAACAGUAAUGCUGAUGGGGCAAAUACUGUGCCAAAGAACGAAAUUAAAAACAGUGGGGGUAAUAGUGCUAGUGCAGGAAAUCGGGUCAAUCUCAACUCUGCUAAUGCCACCACAGGGGGCAACACUGCUGUCUUCACAACGCCAUCUGGUGGCAAAAUCUCUCUUUCUGUAGGACAGAGGAAAGUGUCCCCCUUGGGACGCGGUGCUCCACCUCCCAUCCCACCCAACAAACCAGUGCUGACACCUGCUGGUGGGAAAAAGGAGGUUGGAAACAAAGGUGCUGUGUCUCCGCGGAGCAGCGGUAUAGGUAGUGUUAGCGACUCUUCUACCUCUGGGGGGACUUCCCCAGAGAUCAAACCUACAAAACCCGCACCCCCCUCAAAGUUCGGGGUCAUCUUAAUGAACAAUCGGGACAGGACUGCUGCUGACAGAAGUUCGUCAAGCCCAGAGAGUCCGAAUGCCAAUCUACGGCCUAUAACAAUCUCCAAUGUCUCCAGUGCUUCUAAUGCUGCCACUUCUUCCUCAAGUAACACCACAGUGCCAGUAAAGCGGGCUACUCAGCAGCUCCCUAGCGACCCAAAUCGCCCGAUGUCCUCUUCCGACAACAACCUGGAUUUUCUAGGUCAGGAAAUGGCUGACCUUCAAGAGUUGCUUGUUUCCAUGGCAACAGGUGAGAGUGGUCCAUCUAGUUUAGAAGAUCAGAGUUUAGCAUCACCAUCAUUAUCAUCGACAACAUCAUCAACAAAUUCAUCAAAUGCAAUGUCAUCAACAUCAUCAUUUACCUCAUCGGUUCUAGCAUCACAAGAUGGACCAUCUGCCCAAGUUCUUCAACUCUCUUAUCAAGGAAAUUCUAGUGAACUUCAGAAAGUUUUAACGGAAAAUGGUCUGGACCUUACUGCUGAGGUAGAUGGAAAAAAUGCUCUCCAUUUAGCUGUUGAGUGUGGGCAUUUUGAAUGUUUGAAACUGCUUCUUGAACAUGGCGCUAAUCCUAAUACAAGUGGCAAAACUGAUGGAUUGACACCAUUGCAUGCUGCUGCAAAACUUGGGCAGUAUGGCUGUCUGAAGCUCCUGCUUGACCAUCAUGCUAAGAUUAACUGCCUUGACCACCAGGGCUGGACCCCACUGGUGUGGUCAGCUUAUAGUGGACACACAGAUAUAUGUAAACUGUUACUGGACUCAGGGGCUAGGCUGGACAUUAAAACUAGUGAGGGCUGGACAUGUGCACACGCAGCCACUCAGGCUGGACACACAGAAUGUAUAGAGCUGCUGCUGACAUACAGACAGGGAAGCCAGUUCCGCUCAUCGCCAAAACCAACCAGCCAAUCAGCACCCUUGGCUGAGCUUUAUGAUAUUGUCAACGUUGCUGAUGUAGAGGGCAGGACUAUAGCACAUAUGGCAGCUAUAAAGGAAACAAAGGACUGCUUGACCGUGAUGACCACUCACUGUGACUUAGAUCUGGACUGCCGGGACAAGAAUGGGAGAACAGUGUAUGACGUGGCCUCCAAGGCCUGCAAGGAGUUACUGGAGAGCCUAGGACCAAAGAAUGACAAAAUGUGCACAGUUUGUAUAGACAUUGAGAGAAACCCCAACCACAUCCACAACGAGCCACUUCAUUACACAGUAGGCGUUAUCAAAGUUAUGGCAGACACAUCGUGGCCAACCCUGGAGGAGAAGCUGGGCGAUGUUCUAUCCCAUCACUUUAAGACCCUAGCAACAGGGUUAAAAACAAAGAAGACAACUCGUCUUGAGCAUGAUUCCCCAUCCCCAGAUAGUGGACCUUACACCCUGGCAUUGUCCAUGGAUAGUGUGAAGUCAUAUUCAAUUGGUCAGCACAGUUGGUCUCCUGGCACCCCUUCCACAAAAUCCCCUUUUGAAAUCCUUUGUAAUAAUGAGACUAAGAAGAUAUCUAUAGAACUGUUUGGCUGUGAAGAUGGCUGUCAGGAUGCGUUAUCUUAUGAAACCCUCAUCCCAGCAACAACACUACAGAAUUAUCUCAGACUGAUUGAACAGUACAAGAAUGUCGUUUUCUAUGGUCCCGUAGGAUCAAGUAAAACAUACCUGGCUCGUACUCUGGCUUACUGCAUACAGGUUCGAGAGCGCAACUGUGGUCACUCAACAGAAAUCUCCUUCUUGGCCUUCACUCCAGCCAUGAAGAAGGCUGACCUUUACCACUUUCUGAUGACCACUGGUGGACUGCUGCCUGCAGAGACUGCCCCUCCAUCAAAGAAAUCUCCAAUCCUUAUUUUAGAUGAUCUCAGCAAGAUCAAUAUAUCUGACAUAUUUGGUGAUUUGUUGCCUGCUUUAGAGCAGAGAGGGCCUAAGAAUUCUGUUGGUCUGAAAUUAGACAAUAAACCACUAGGUUCUUUCUACCUGACUGAGAACUGUUAUAUAAUAGGAACCAUGGACAGGACCAGGUGCGCCAGUCUGGAUCUAACAGUGCAACAGCGCUUCCGCUGGGUCAACUGCCGCAUUGACACCGAACCAGUGAGGGGGCUCCUAUCCCGACAGCUGUACCGCCGCCUCAUCAGCAAAUAUGGCGGCCGUUUACCCCCGUCGGAUGAUCCAGUCUAUCGCGCCGUGGAAUGGGUGAUAUGUGUGUGGCAGAGAUUGAACGAUGGCCUGGGAAAACUGGGGCUACCAGAGCUAGUGUUUGGGCCUAGUCAUUUCUUGGUGUGCCCUAUAGAGGUGAAUCAGCCCAAGAAUAUUCUCAGGUGGUUGAGUUUGCUGUGGAACCACACAAUUGCACCUGCAGUGUCCGAGGCUGUGGUCAGGGGUUCAGGGGCCGCAGACGUCACUUCAGAAGGACAACAGAAAGUAGUGAACACUGCUCUGUAUGUGUUAAUGCAGCGCUCAGUGGUCACUGGAUGUCCACUCAGUGGUCAAGAAAAAGAGCGCUACCUCUCCAGUUUCCAUGGAAGCAAUGAACUUGACAUUCAGAUGAGAGAGAGGGGUCGUCACCGUGGUCACAGAGAAAUGUCACCAGUGUUGACACCAGAUUUGUCACCAGAUGACGCCACUGCUUCACCACUUAAACAGUUUGAAGUGGCUAAAACUCAUGAGGAUCUGGUGUUGAGUUCCAAAAGGCCAAUAUCAAGUUUCCAUGAAGGCAGAUCAUCCAGUUUCUCUUCCCCCUCCUCCUCCUCCUCGGCAUUCUCAUCAUCAGCACUGGGUAAAGCAGCACCACCUAGCAGUAUCAACGUUCCCACAAGUAGAUCAGAGACAGAACUCAAUUACAUGCAGAAGAAAAUGCGCAGACACGAAAUCAGCUCGGAUGGAAAAUCUGGGUCACCACGGUGUGGCAUGGCCGUGCCUGUCAGGAAGUACGACUUAAACGUAGGGGGAGCUGGUGGAGGGAGAUCAAGUCCAGUUCGAUCUCGAAGCCCUCCAGAUCCAAUGAUUCAUAUUGGAGCUGCACAGAGUCUAUCUCUUCUUACAGACGAUGCUAAUUUGUCAUCUUUUGAUAAUAAAAAUGGCACACAAUCGGUGACAGAGCCGAGAGCGCAGUCCAUGACUCAGAGACUGCGAGAGGACUACUUUAGGGACAUGAUGACACCUGCUAGGACAGAAAAAAGCCCAAGUCCAGAAAUCCAGAAAGUGCAAUAGAUGCGAGUCACUGUUUACUAGAGUUAAUCUGAAUUCCAUAUCAUAUUAAAUGCCAUGUAAAAUAGCAUGUAGCUAUACACAAUGUACAAGAAUGUAAUGAAUAUGUAGAUUUGCAUGUUAAGUGUAUUCAUCUUAAUGUGAUGUCAUUAGCAAUGAUUUUUACAGCGUAAGGGGUAGAGAGGAAUUCUAUUUGUGAUUUCAAGGAAUUUUUUUCAUAACUGUAAUUUUGUUCACCUUGGAAAGCCGAUCAGCCUUAAGCAGUUGUUAUACCUCAUCCCAGUUUGUAUUGAAAAUAUAUUUCAGAAACUGGGGAUCAACAUAUAUUUAUUUAUUUAUUUAUUUAUUUAUUUAUUUAUUUGUUUUAGAGAGGGAAGCUGGAUAUUCUCUCAAUUGCCCUCAAUCAUCAGUAAAUAAAUGUCUGUAUAUGCAGGAUAUAGCAACUCCAAAAUAUUUCAUGACAAUAAUCCUCAUGAGAUAAAGUGCUAAAAUAUGGAAGAAAUACAAUUUUAAUUAUUGUGCUAACAAUUAAGUAUAGGUAAAUUUUAUCUUGUAAAUAUUAAAAAGGGCACAAGAGCAAUAUAAUACAUAUAUGGUCAAGAAAUGUGGGAGUUCAUUGGUUUGAGUGGGGGCAGUUGGGGUUAGGAAUUUACAACACAAACUUAGAUUUAUUAUCAUCAUGGGAGAAGUAGUAGGAAUGAUGAACGUUUUAAAGCUGGAGGCUCAGAGGGUGGGUUGGUUGCUGUUAAUACAGCAUAGUAAUAUCAACUGCACAUUUGACAAUUAUUUGUGUAGCUGCUGAAAUGCCAAUCUGGAUGGUGUUGACAUUGUGUGAUUGAAUUGAGGGAGGUUCACGUUAUAAUAUGAUGCCAUUUUAACUUCAUACAGGAACAUGCAUAUCAAAUGCAAAGAACAAGAAAUCCAGAGGGAAUGUGAAUAUGAGCUAGAUGUAUAAGAAGGCAUGUGGCUUAAAAAAACAAUGUCGCAUACAGUUUUAAUUCCCUGUUUUCAGGGGCUGUUCUUAAACCUGGUUAAUAGAUGGGUAAAAAAAAAAGAACACUGUUUAUCAUACCAGCUGUUUUUAAAACCAAACUUGGACUUGAUUUAAUUUUAUCUUAUGGGCUGGUCUCUUAGUCUUUUCUAUUCAUUUUUCUUAAAAAGGGACAUCACUAAAAUGGUACCAAGAAAGAAAGUGGUGCCAAGUUGGUAUUUGAAAAAGGAUAAAUGUCAGCAUGAUCACUGGAGGAUUCAGGAAUGGAAGGGGGGGUGAGGGGGUACCACCUUUCUCUCUCCACGAAAAAGUACAAGUUAAAUGAAAUUUAACCAAAUACUUUUUCAUUCCCACCCGUACCAUACAAAUUACAUAAAAAUUGACCUUUUAUAGUAUUUUGUAUUUGCUUUACUUCAUCUGUCAAAAAUAGCCUUGUUCCCCCCCCCCCCAUAUCAUCAAACCCCUGGAUCCAAGGGUGCAUCAUUCAUUUUAUAGUGUCAUUACACAGUUUAAUAAUGAUGUAGAUAAUUGAUCAUAUCAUGAGGGCGAGUCUUUUUAUCAUCUCACUUUGUGCCAUCAUCAACAGUAUUGUGUACAUUUCGCUUGCAUUUUGCUGCCUUUUAGUUCAGUUUACUCUCUGUACUUUACACUUUACAAAAAUUGUGCUGUACUGUGCUGCCAAAUUAUCAGAAAAACAUUGAUGUAGAUCAAAUGUUCCAAAAUGAAUAUUAAUAAGCAAAGAAUAUUACUAAGACAGUUAUGAAGAACUGUCCUAAGUUUUGGUAUGGGCCAUUUUGUAUUUUCUAUGAUACUAAUCAUAUGAUUAUGAUAAAUAUGGUAGUAAAUUGUAAUAGUAACUUUUCUUUAUGUUUGCUCUGAGGCAAUGCAAACAUAAAACUCUAGGUUCAAAGUGAAAAGUUUGUUUGAGUUGUACUUUUCAGUAGUGACAAUUUAUUUUAUGCGUAGAAUGAGCAUACAUUGUGUAGGGCUAAAUAUCAAUAUUAAAUUUCAAUAAAGAGAUGGUAUUUUCUCCUCUCAUAAUAAUGAUUAACAUGAGUUGAUUUUUAUUAUAAAUGUGAAGAAAGUACCUUUGUGCACAGGCUUGAAUAAAUUUUUCACAAUCCCUACCUUCAAAUUGGAAUGCCUUAACAAAUAUAGAUCUGUUUGCUAAUCCAUUUUUUAUGUUAAGAUGACCCAUUAUUUAAUUGAAUAGUAUGCUUUUGAUAUGAUAACUCCAUACAAGUCUUUAUAAAAGACUUACUACCAUUAUUGCCUUCAUAUUGUAAGGUUCUUGCAUCAUGGGAUUAAAAAAAUCAAUAAAUAA